GCGUCGAUUCGACAUCAUUUCGACGUCGAUCGACGAAUCAUUUCUGACUGGGAAGUGCCUCAUCUAUUUUUCUAAAUGGAACAAUAAUCUCAAAAAUGUGAAAUAAUUGUAAACUUAUUUUUAUAGACGUAGAUGACGUAAAUGAGGGUCAGGAUACAAACGAUGAUGUAUUUAUGGAUAUUGAAGCACUCGAUGAAGCAGGUUUAACAUCGAAUUGGGCUGAUUGGACCCCGGCAAUGCUACAUUCGAAGAAGAGUACUGAAUUACAAGUUCCAGUAUGCGACGAUAAAGAAGUUCCAAAUUCGGACCUUACAUUUGCUGAAGUAGAAACAAUUUUAGGAACCUCAUCGAAGGACAAUCGAGAUGCAACAAACGUUGCAAGUUCGAUCGUAAAAAAGAAAAUUUUAAAACGGGGAAGACAAACGAAAACUCCUGUAAUAAACGCUGUAAGACGCAACCAAUGUUUUUAUGAUUUAGCUCAAUCUAAAACCGAAUUAGUCGAGCUAAUGAAGGAGGAUCUGCGCGCAAAAUCUGAAAUAGAAUUAAAAAUUUUAAAUACACAACUGCAAAAAGAACAACUUGAAAUUGAGCUUCUGAGAAAGUGUUGCCGCGCCGCUCCGUGCGCGGUGUAUGUUCCUUCUUGCUCGCUCCGGAGGUGUUCUCUGACGAGAACCGAAGGGUUCUUUGAUGGGAUGUGGCUGGUCGGAGGUCACUCCAAAAAGGCGCCGUUUAACUAUCACUAUGUAGCUUUAUUCAACUGAGUGUUACACUGAUGGUUUACGGCAGGCCGAAGGCCUGACGGACAAAUGCUUAUCGCGUAAACGUAUAGUAUCGAAUGACGCGUGAUUGACAA